AUGACUUCCAAGAAGCAACUAAUAGAUGAAAUAUGUAUUAAUAAAUAGAUAAUUUAAGUUGAGAUAUGCGACUCUAUUCUUGAGAAAGCAUAUAAGAAUUAACAGUGUUUGUAGAUAUUGAUUCAGAAAUAUCCGUUGAACGAAGGAAUCUAAUCAUUUUAAUUAGUGCCAGUGAGUUAGUAUGAAGAUUAAAGCAGAAACUAAUUAAAGUAAUUAACUAUUGAACAGCUGGCAUAUCUUUUGGAAGAUGCCCAACAUACUUUAGAUUAAGUAAUGUAUGAGGAAUUGUAAAUCAAUAAAUUGGGAUUGAGAAUGCCUAAAAAGUCAUUAUUAGUUUAAAAUUAUGAAAAAUGGGAUUUCUUGUUAUAAUGGCCUAAAUCAAAUAAUUUGGAAAGCAUAAUAAUAAAUGUUUAAAGCAUAACAAAUAAUAUUUAAGCUUAGUUGCAAAGAUCGAAAUAAAAAUCUGAUGAUUAAGAUGAUCUCCAGAAGAAAUACUAAGAGGCAUUAGAAAAAAUAGAAUAUUUGGAAAUGUAAUUAGAAUAGGGGACAAAUAAAACCAUAAAUUAGGGAAUCAUAAUUUAAGGAAAUAUAUUGAAUACAAGAAAUCAAAUGAAUCGGUCCAAACAACCAAAAAGAGACAAGAUAGAGUUGAUGGAUGAGCUUGAAAAGAAAUUAUAGGAUUUGGAAACUGAAAAGGAGAAAAUGUCAUCCUAUAGCAUGGAUGCCUUCUCUAAAUUACUAUAGACAAAAUAAUAUUGA